AUGGCCACGGGCGGCGCCACCCCUGAGACCCCCGUCAUUUCCCCCAGCAAGCGGGCUCGGCCUGCGGAGGAGGGCGGCAUAAGGCUUCGCUUUGCCCGGCUCUCGGAACACGCCACGGCCCCGACCCGGGGGUCGGCGCGGGCCGCGGGCUAUGACCUGUACAGUGCCUAUGAAUAUACAAUACCACCUAUGGAGAAAGCCCUUGUCAAAACAGACAUUCAGAUUGCUCUUCCUUCUGGGUGUUACGGAAGAGUAGCUCCACGUUCUGGCUUGGCUGCCAAACACUUCAUAGAUGUAGGAGCUGGUGUCAUAGAUGAAGAUUACAGAGGAAAUGUUGGUGUUGUACGGUUUAAUUUCGGCAAAGAAAUAUUUGAAGUCAAAAAGGGUGAUCGAAUUGCACAGCUUAUUUGUGAACGGAUUUUUUAUCCAGAAAUAGAAGAAGUUCGAAUUUUAGAUGACACUGAAAGGGGUUCAGGAGGUUUUGGUUCCACUGGAAAGAAUUAAAAUUUAUGCAAGAAUAGAAAAUGAGAAAACGUCCUUUUUAAAAAAUAAAUAAAUAAAGGGUUUUUGCUUAAA